AGCCUGUACUGACACUGACAACACUCCAGGACAGAGCCUGCCUUGUCUGACUGUAAUGCUUUCAACAAAUGGCUCUGAUCACUGGACUCUAGAGUGUCUCGGGCAGCGGAGGGUGUUAGGUUUGGGAGCACUGGUAGCAUGGCUGGUCCUCUUCCAUCUCCUUGUGAAUGUUUGGCUCCUCUGCAUCUUCACCAGCCUCUUGGUGGUCCUCGGGGGCUGGCUCGGGUCUCGGGCUUUACUGGAUGCCAACAGUCCUCUCCACCUGGAGCACUUUUUGCCUCAGGGUAAAAUCAACCCUCCUCUGUUUUCCCCUGAACAUGAGUGGACGUUGAACCAUGAGAUCCACAGUGCCGCCCACAAAGCGGUCCGUGACUUUGUGUCCUCAUGGUAUCGGACUCUGCUGCCAGAGGAGGAAGGUGGGGAGUUUGAGCGUGCUGUGCUUAACUCAAUGCUGGAGUCUGUGAUGGAGUUAAAAGAGCGUGCACGUCGAGUGGACAGAAAGGAGUUGAUUCAAAGGCUGCUGGAGUUGUAUGGCUGUCACCUGCAGAGCUACAUGGCAGCAAAGCAGAUCCAGUCGACACAGGAUCAGAGCUUCAGUCUGUGGCAGAUCUACAGUGAAGUAGAUGCUCCUCAUCCAGCUGUGACCAGUGCAGCUGCUGAGCUGAACUACUCCAAAGCUUUGGUUAACCUCGUCUUACAUGUGCUUGUUCCUUACCCUCAGAUGGAAACUAGGACUGGAGGUUACAUGGUUACAGAACUAAUUACCUGCAAUGUACUGCUGCCGCUCAUAAACAGAGUAUCAGACCCGGACUGGCUCAAUCAAACCAUUGUAGAAAUCUUCACCAGGUCCAGAGAAUCUCAGGAAAUCGACAUCAGUACGCUCCCUGAAGCUAAAUUGUACAGAUGUGAGUUCCAACAGGAGUCCUGGACCACCUGUUGUUCACAGUCCUCUUCUGAGCCACCAGGCAUCACCAGCAAAAGCUCCUCAAACCCUGAUGACCAGCAGAGUCAGACCACUAAUAAUGAGUUUGAUUCACCACAGAGCAGCAUGGUUAGCCUGACAUCUGCAGGUAAAGUGGAAAGCUGCUCUGCAGAUCUGCUCACACCAUGCAAAGUGAACUGCUGUCCACUCACACCUAGCUGUUUCUCCAACUCACUAGAAUCCAAAAUGUUAUUAAUGGACUCACUAAUUCCGUCAGACUCUGAGGACAAUCUGGCUCGAGGCUUUUGUGAUUGCGGUCCUCCUACAAACUUCUGCAAAGGGGUUGGUUUAAAACAUGAUGAGCCCUUUGGGUGCUUUGGUACUCUAAGAACUCUUGGACCAAAGGUUGUGGUGACAGAGAACUCCCAGUGGCCAGCAGGCAUAGCCCAAGACAAAGUGCCAACAUGUCCUCCAAGAAAGCUUUGUCUAACCUCCUACAACUUUGAUAAUCCUAACAACAUGGCUGCACCUGUAAAAAUCCAGAAUGUGCAAAUAACUGGUACUAUCAACACCAAGGAGCAGCGAGGCACUGGCACACAUCCCUAUACCCUCUACACUGUAAAGUUUGAGACAUCUGACUCUGAAAAUGGAGCAACUUUGCAACCUCCGACCAGUCACACUGUCAACCGGCGAUACAGUGAAUUCCUCAACUUGCAAACUCGGUUAGAGGAGAAGUCUGAUGUCAAGAAAUUCAUUAAGAAUGUCAAAGGGCCAAAGAGAAUCUUCCCUGACCUGUCAUUUGGAAAUCCAGACAAUGACAAGGUUGAAAGUCGUAAAAACCAGCUGGACAACUUCCUCAAACAAUUAAGCAGCAUUCCUGAGACAGCGAACAGUGAGGACAUGCAGGAGUUCUUGGCUCUCAACUCAGAUGCCUGCACAUAUUUUGGAAGGAAACCUGUCAUCAAAUCAAGAAUUGAUAAGAUGAUGGAGAAUGCAUUAGACACUUUAAAGACAGCUUUCCCUUAUCCUGAACCCCUCAGUCCAACAGAGGAAUCGGAAGUGGAUGCUCCUCUGUACAGGAGGCUUAUGUUCACAAGAAAAAUGUCAGCAACUCUGAACAUCCCAGAAUUGCAUCCUAAAGUCGCAUACUGCUAUAGUGAAGGCAGCAGUGUGCUCGGUGGUAUGUCACUGUCCGGCCUGGAGAACUUUGUUAAGGAGCAGGAAAGACUUUUAUGUGAGCCAACAGUGAAGGAUAGUGAGGGGGCCCAGCUGAACUGUGAGGAGGCUGGCAAAAACACAAAGGCAUCAGUGAAAACCCACAGCACAGACACAGCUGUAGCAGAUGUUGCUUUGAACAUCCUGUGCUUGCUGAUGAAGGACCAGUGGAGUUGGCUGUGCACUGAGAACAUCCAGAAGACCAUCAGGCUGCUCUUUGGCACCUUCAUUGAGAGGUGGUUGGAUGUAGGAGUUGCCCACCUUACCAGUGCCCCCUGCUGGGUUAUUUACCUACAAGUGAUGCAGGAAGCGGUAUGGCCAGGUGGGACGUUGCCUGCUCAGCCACAUCCAGAACGCAGCGCUGCACAACAAGAAGAAACCAAAGAGCAAUGUCUGGAAUGCCUGAUGCAGCUGCUACCAGAGCUCAUCACUGACAUGCUGGGCACUGAAAAGUACAGGCUGAGCUUGGAGACAGUACUGGAGUCUUUACAGGACGCUCAGAUAAACAAGCAUCUGCUUUACUGCAUCUGUGACCUGCUGCUGGAACUCCUGAUCCCCGAGUCACGUGACGAGGCCUUCCAGACGUCUCUGCUGCAGAGUCUGUCUAAAGACACAGAGAAGGACUAUCAUCACAUAUGACCUGCAGGAAAAUGACAAAUACAUGCAGCUGAUUGAGUAUGUACUGUAUGUUUAAUGUGUCAUGAGGGAAGAAGGCUCAGUAGUUGUUCAUUACCACAGGACAGCACUCUACAACACAACACUACUUGAAAAUGAGUGAGUACAAUUCCCUGAAUACUGUAUGUUCUUGUUGGCAGAUUCUUUCCUUGACAGCUUAGAGAUGCGCUGUGAGCAGUAACAUCAGAAUCAUGUGGCUCCAUCUGCCUGUAAUAAAACAUACUCCCCUUACUAAAGGCGAUUACUGUAUUUAUAUUUAUCAAACACUUCUUUUAUAGCAGCCUCAUCUUUUUAGUGCAGCUGCCGAAGGGGACACAUCACGGGAAGAGAAUCUCAGUAGUUCUAGUGUAAACAUCUGCACAUGAGCUGAACUGGAUUUGUUGAUUUGUGAACAAAACACACAGCUAAAUAAAGGCAACUCAUCUGUCAGUAACUCAUGUGAUCUACUUCAGUGCUCUACCUACAGGCAAAACUGACUUGCUGCGUUUGUUAUUAUCUGAUAUUUGUAUAAAAUGUUUUGCAUUUUCAGUCAUUAUCAUGUAAAACCAUUAGUAAACUGUGCAGCCACAUAUAGUUAUACACAUAUAGUUGAUCAAAGAGAUUAUACAGUGAGAUAAGUCACAUAUAAGCAUCCAAAUAAGGUUUCACUUCAUAUCAAGACAUAAAAGCAAAUGUAUGUGCAUAAAUUGACAGUAUGUGAAAGCUCUGCAUGAAUAAGCCAAGACCUAAAUAUCCCUACAAACUAUUCCAUAUGUGAAUAAAACCUUAAGAUUUGA